AUUCGAGAUAAAAUUUCUCUACUCGGCACCAACUCGACAGUUUCACACAACAUGGCUAAAAAGGAACAUCUACACGUGAUACCGACUCUGGUAUUUUUCAACUGUAUAAUCACUUUCACGAUCACGUUCGUCAUAGCUGUACAGCUCAACCAUGUCACACCAGCAUUUCCGUACAUCAGCGACACUGGAGACCUGGCACCGGAAAGCUGCAUAUUUUCACAACUCCUCAACAUCACUUCCAUACUAAUGGCUUUGUGCGUUUUCGUGAGGCAUCUGCAAGUGGAAAAGUUCGCCACGUUCACGUCUAAAAUAAGCCAGAGACUCUCCUGGAACAAUAUAGCCACCUAUGUCGGCUAUAUGUCAUGCUUUGGGCUUAGCAUGGUGGCCAACUUUCAAGUCGGAAACCUCUGGCAGCUUCACUACAUCGGAGCCAUGUUGUGCUUUGUCGGGGGGACUGCCUACUUUGUCUGUCAGACUAUAUUUUCAUACCAUAUGGCGAAGAUGAAUAACACGAGCUACUUGUUCUGGGUGAGAUGUAUCUUGUGCUCUUUUUCAAUCAUAACAUGCGUGUCAGCAUUGGUACCGGGAGUAAUAUCUGGAAAUUAUUUUGACGGUAAAGAUUCCAGACAUUGGCUUCCGAGCGAUGGCGGUUACUUAUGGCACUUAUUAAGUACAUCGUCCGAAUGGCUGCUCGCUUUCACCCAGAGCAUCCUCGUCCUCACGUUUCUCCCAGAAUUCCGCAAAUUGAACAUCUACUCUCCUGUUUUGAUAAUCGAGGGGAUAAACAAGGAGCCGAUGUCUCCGACAUUCAAAAAACGGCUCAGCACUGUACUUUAUGAAUAAAAUAAAAAAACGGAUUCAAGCUGCACAAAUUGAUAUUUAAAAAUCAUACAUAGAACUUAAAAAAAAAAAAAAAAAAUGAUGGCGAAGUAGUGAUAAAAUGUUCCUAUAAUCUGAAGAAGACUGAUGAGUUGGUUUUUCUGAUCAAAGCCUUGGUCAGGGGUCAGAAAUUAAUUAAUCUCAACACAACACAUCUACUGUGAUUAAUAAAAAGAAAGGUAGAACUGCUCUAAAUGAUAGAUUUUACUUUUUACAAGAAAUUGUACAUAUAAAUGUAAAUAAAACUAUUUAUUUGUUCUCAUA